AUGACAAUUGGAAUAAUCUCCGCAUGUGAUCAGACAAGUAGUUUCAGUGAAGUCAGAGAAACAUCAAUACACAACAAAUAUUUUUUUAAUGUUUUAACAAAGAGAAUAGAACCAAUUUCAUCGUCGGACAACAUAGAUAUAACACAAACACUUUCAAAUCCCAAAGAUCAACUGACCGAAAUAAUUGAUCAAGUCAAUGUACUCAAACGACUAGAAUCAGUCAUUCGUAGUAAUGAUAACAAUGUUAGUGCGGGUAAUGAAACGGCAAAAUUGCCUACAGCAAACAUAUUCUCUAGUAAUAUUUCAGAAAGACCUUCACGUGACGUACUACCAAUCACCAAUGGACAUAUACCAUUGGUAUCCUCAUUAAUUUCUCCACAAACACAAGAAUUACGUCAACUAGCACAAAAUGAUAUUUCACAUCAACUAAUACUUAACGCAAACAGGACAAAUCUAAACUAUUAUGAUAAUCAUCAGGCGUUAAAAUUCACUGAUUAUUUACAUGCGGCGCAGACCGAGACGUCUUCUAUCUCAACAACAACAAUAACAAAUGGUCUAUUUGAGGAUCUGUUGACAUUUUCAACAUCUGAAGAAGGAACCACUUCAUCUGCAAUACUGCAACCUAAUCUAAAUCCAUUCAAUUCAUAUUCUCAAACGAACGAAUUAAACAAUGAUAAGCUGAAGAUUCAGCAUAAAUUCUUCAAAGAUCCAUUGCAAACAGUGUUUAUUCUAAAAUUAAAAUCACAAAAUAUCGACAAAGAUCCUUUUCAAUUAAAUUUUGUUAAUACACGUGUACCAAUACCACAACAAGAUCAACAACCAUCAACAAUCCCUCAACAGCGCCUGGAAACGACAGCAGAAAAUUCUCAACCAAAAUAUAUCGAUAUGAAAGUAAAAAUGUCAAUGAAAGCCAAAGAACAUGAUGAUCAAUUAAUUCAUAUCGAUGGUAUUACAUUGUCCAAAGAAGAAUAUGAAAAAUUACAAAAAGAACAAGAACUACUAACACAAUUACUGCAUGCUAGUGAAUCAUAUUUGAAUCAAAUUAAUAGUAAUAAUGAUAAAGAUAAAUUUCUCAAUAUCAAUAUGAAUAAUAAUACUGAUAUAUUAAAUAUGAUUAAUAAUAAUAAUGAUUUAAAUGGAAAUGGAUCAUUCGGUAAUUUCGUACCAUGUCGACAGUCGCUUAAUUUUUGUAUGAAUGAUGGAACAUGUAUUGAAACCAAUGCUGAACGCCUUUGCCACUGUCAAUUAGGAUUUACAGGAAUGUAUUGUCAAGAAGAAACCUGUCUGCCAAAUUUAUGUCUAAAUGGAGGAAAACAUUGUGGUGUGAGCAUAUGUGAAACGAUCGAUUGUGGAAAGGGUACUUGUAAAUCAGAUGGAAAAAAUAAACCCGAAUGUCAAUGUGACAAGGGUUAUAUAUUAAUUCGAGGUAAAUGUUCAAUAUCAGAUGAAAUUGAAAAUAUUCGACAACAAAUUGCACAAGAAUUAUCUUGUCCAAAAAAUUGGUAUCGAGUAGAGGGAAGAUGUUGGUACAUUGAGAAUUCACUAAUGAAUUGGUGGCAAGCACGCAAUUAUUGUACAAGAAUUGGUGGUUAUCUAUCGUAUAUCUUAACAUCCAAAGAUGUCGAUAUUAUAUUGGCAAUCAUGUCACAUAAAGAUCAGUUGAGACAAAGUAAUCGAAUAUGGGUUUCAGCACAUGAUCAUUUUGAACAUGGAUCAUAUGAAUGGGAUCCGAGACAUCAUGGAUUUUAUCCUGAAAGUGGUCGUCUGUGGUGUACAAGCAUCCGUCGUAUGAAUCAACUGUCUAAUAAAACAUCUUUCCACCAUGAUCAAACUUUCAGUGUUUUAAAUAUCAAUAGCAAUAAACAUUGUACGAAAAUAGAUCGAAUAUUUUCACUGACUCGAGAGUUCUUUAAUGAUCCUAAACAAUUACGAUCAGUACCAAAUUUGAAAGAACAAACGCUCCAUAUUAACUCAACAGUACAAUACUGUCUCGAACCUGUAGAAUGUGAACAAGAAAUAUUACGUUUUAUAUGCGAGAAGAAGAUACAGGAAAAUAUGCAUUGUCCAGGGCCCGAAUGGACCGCUAUUUUAGAUCAAUGUAUUUAUUUUUCGGUUCGAAAAUCCUCUUGGUUAGAAGCGAGAGAUUUUUGUGCACAAAAACAUUCAAUUUUAUUUGUAUUGCGAACGAUAGAUGAUUGGAAAUGGUUACAAAAAAUGAUUACAUUUUUGUUGACUGAUAAACAACAAGCCAUAAAUAUUAAUGGCGGUUACGAGGGUUUUCACAUUGGACUAUCAUCCAUUCGAAAUAUGAGUGUUUAUGAAUGGGAGGGUAAUAGAAUUUAUCGACGUUUUAGAUAGUUGAGACAGUAUCAUACGACUCAAACAAAAGUAUCGAUUGUGGAGCGGAGGUUUGCUUCUAGAUAAAAGGUGUAUGUGUUCAGCGUGAAUCUAGCUUCAGCUAAAAAGAUUGAAACUCCAGCUUAGUGUGUAUGAGCACUGGCUAUAACUGGAAGCAACUGAUCGUUAUCCAUUAGGAGUACUCCUUCCCUCAUUUUGGACUUUCCGUAGAAAUGCUGUGAAAUAAAAACCAAAACUCACUAAAGCUUCAUAUUUUCAGAACUGGUUGGAAACUCAAUGGAGCACUUUUUCGUUUUUGUUUCAAGUUUUUAACUAUUGCUGUUCACUAGUUUUCUAGAAAUCUCGGUUUUUUAUUGGACCACAUUACGCCCCCCCCCCCCCCCCCCGGGCUUGUCUUGGGUAAUCGUUGUAUUUAGUUGGGCGAGAGGCCCGGGCGGCGCGGGCGCGCCAGAGAGU